UCCAUCCUCCAUCCUCCGUUUCCUCCUGUAAGCAUGCUGUGAUCUCCAUCUACUUCGUGCCCAAACCGUGAGAUUAAGGGACUUUUUUUUUCCUCCUUACACGACCAACCCUCUAUCUAUCCAUCCAUCCAUCCAUCCAUCCAUCCAGGCGGAUUUUACCCGGACCUGGUUUGUUUUUUUCAGCCCGGUCUUUGGGCUGUGCCGUCGGGGAUGCUGGGGCUGGAGAGAAUCGUGGCAACCUACCACAGGUGAAAGGAGGUUUUACGACGCUGCGGUAUAGAUGAUUGAACACUUUGAGCAUUAACUCAACGCAAUCUUCAGGCACCAGCGCACCGCGCUUGCUUUUACUGAAAUAUAGGACGGAAAUAGAGAUUAACACUACUUUUGGACAACUAAAGGGACGUUUACCAACUUAUGUCUCUGAAUGAAUAGGCUAUAAAACAGUGCUUUAUUUCCCAGUUGGGAUUCCUAAGGAAGAUGUGACCUUUUCUUUUGCGCACCGGCAAUCCGACUAGACCUAAUGAGCAAAUCACUGCUUUUCUAUCAGUUGCUCGAUCUUGACAUGUCUUUUUGUGGGAUUACACGCGGAGAUAUGAGCGCUGUAAGAAGCCGAGCUGGAUUGUGAGGUUACUACCUUUGCUUUUUAUUUGUCUCUUCAAAGAGGAACUAGUGCUCCGUACGUUCAAUGGCUUCAGUGUCAAGGUUGGCAAGGCGCAAAGAUGCCAGUCGCUGGCCGAGAAUGUCGUCAACUUUCUGGGCUGUGGUGCUUCUGACAGCGCUGCUCGUUCUCUACUGCGGCCAGCUGGCAGCGGGAACAUGUGAGAUUGUGACGCUGGACAGGGACAGCAGCCAACCACGGCGGACCAUCGCCAGGCAGACGGCCCGCUGCGCCUGUAAGAAGGGCCAGAUCGCUGGAACUACAAGAGCCAGGCCCGCCUGUGUGGACGCUGGUAUUGUUCGGAAAAAGCAGUGGUGUGAGAUGGUGCCAUGUUUGGAGGACGAAGGCUGUGACCUGUUAGUCAAUAAAUCUGGCUGGACUUGUACACAGCCCGGAGGCCGAGUCAAAACCACCACGGCUCUAUGACGCGACAAGAGUCCCCCUCGACACUCUUGCACUAUGGAGAGCAUUGAUGACCCCUUGACAGACAGCCAAACACCAUCUACCACCAACACUACCACCACCACCAACAUCACAACAACUCCACCCAAACCCUGGUCCCGCAAAGGCAGGAUGCAACACAAGAGCACCAGGGGCCUCUUGGAGGCAGCAAGGUCUCAUAACACAGCCAGAGGCGGGAAAACCAGGGAGUGACUGUCUGAGGGAGCGAGCUCUCCCCUGGACAUUGGACAAACUACUCACUGUAAAACACUUCCUAUUUCCUGUGACCGGCUCCUCCGGGUUUGUGACUGCUCCCUCUCGCUAUCUGUCGUUGGGUCAACAUGUUGCAUCCACCUCCUCUCCACUCUAUCUGCCUGCUCUGUGACUUUAGCAGCACUACUACUCGUGCCACGGAGGAUCGGACACCUUAAAAUCUCAUGAAUGGUUUUUUGCCUCAUUGGAGGUCCUCUGUUUGGAGCUACUAACUGCUUUGAAUAAAAGGAUUUCCCACAUUCAUCUCCUAGCCCCUAGCGCAGGAGUUCCAGGGCAUAGACGGGAUCAUUACAGAUCAGACCCCGUUGCUUCCCGGACCACCUCAUGAGGCUUAAAAACCGAACUGAGCGCUCUCUGCUGUGAAUAGGCCUUCUGCUGGAGUAAACCGCCCAUAUUUUUAUAGACCAAAGAGCAAAACAACAAAUACGAUCAUUAUUACAGAGUGGACCAUCUGGCACACAGAGACUUUAUAAACUCGCUGCUUGUGUCGCCACCAACCAAUGACUGCCCCCACAGAGACACGGUGCACAAGAGGACAGACCCUGCGUACAGUGGCAGAUGUACCGUGCACAAUCAAAGGAGUGCUUUUAAAAUCUUCCAGACAUUUUUUUUCUCAGACUAAGCCCACCACUGUAUUUUGGAACUGGAGA